AUGGUGAACAUCACGUGUGAGAUAGAGUCCACUUCCAGCACGCUGCCUGUCUCCACAGUCAUCCAGUCAUCUCACCAUCCACACGCAGUGAGCGGUAACCUCAGUAACCUUGUAGCUAGUGGUCUUUCUACAACCAGCGAGAGCGUCUUCAUCACAGCCUCGUGCAUGUCUGCGUCCUCUCCUACCCCAGGCCCCGCUUCCACAAAACAUCAACAGCAGCAGCAACAACAACAGCAAGCAAAUUUACAGCAGCAGAACAAGCAGUCCAAGCAGCAGCAGCAUCUGCCACCUGUAGCAGAAGCGGGCAAGAAGGUUGGAGCCAAGAAACCAGCAGAUAACAUCAACGGUGAACCGAACAGCUUGAACCAAGGGAACGCGAAAAAUGCCCUAAAUGCAAAGCCAACAGUGCAGAUAAACAACUUAAAGGAGACUGGAAGUGCAUCCUUGAGGACAGAGCCAGUGGUGAACCGAAACAACCGAGCAGCUCCCAGCAUGGCUCCAUUACAGGGCAUUGAUGGAAGUCUGCAGAAAGCUGCAGCACACCAACACCAAUAUAGUCAGCUAGCAAGGGAAAGGCCACUAUCAGGAAACCUGAUGCAGAACAGUUUCAGAGGUCAAGGGCUGCCGGUGAAGGGUCAGGUGAGGCAGCCGCCCCAAGGCCAGGUGGAGCACAAUGGGGAGGCUAGAACACCCACACCCGAGGAGAGAGACAAGAGAAAACAGCUGCAGGAAUCGCCCCCCUCUGAUUAG